ACAAAAAUACCAAAAAUAACACAAUGCCUACUUCAAAAUAGACAUUUAUUUGUUGUUAUUAAAUAAAAACAUUUAAAUUAUAAUAUUUAAAAAUAAUAAUAAUAAUAGUAAUAAUAUAAACAACAAUGGCUGAAGAAACAAUUGACGUACCAAUUGAAAAGCCAGAAAUAAUAUCUGAGGAUGUUGAAAUGAAAGAUGUUUCAAAAACUCCAAUUGAUGAUAAUGAUCAAGUUAAAGUAACAGAGACAACAACAUCAACAUCAAUAACAACAGUAUCAACAAUAACAACAACUACAGAUGAUGCCGGUGACAAAACAAUUGCUCGUACAACAUCAACAACAACAACAACAACAACAACAAAUGGCAAUGAGAAUGUCAAUUGUUAUUGUGGAAAAGAUAGAAAUAUUGGUAUUGUGGAACUACUGUGUGCUGCUUGUUUUAAAUGGUUUCAUGAUACUUGUGUAACAUGUCAACUUGGAAAACUUGUUCCAUUUAUGCUAAAUUAUGUAUUUAUGUGUAAAAAUUGUUCACCAAGUGGUUUAGAAACAUUUAAAAAAAAUCAAGCACCAUUUCCACAAAUGUGUGUUACAGCAAUUGCAAAUUUACUUCAAUUAUCACAAAAAGAUAAUGAACAAAGAUUAUUAUUUCACAAAGAUAGAGAUAUUAUACCAUUUAUUGAACUUCAUUGGGAAAGUAUAACGACAAUGCCCAGAAGAGUAACACAAUCAUGGCAUGCUACAAUACACAGAGCUCUUAUUAAAGAUGUUGGUACAUUAUUUACUGUUGAUGAUAAUAAUACAGAAGGUCAAUUAUUUGGAUUAAUAAUAUCUGAUUUAACACUUGUUAAACCAAAUUAUGAAGCAAUGAUUAAAGGUGGUCAGCUAAAAAUAACUGAAAUGGGAGUACAACAUAUUGUACCACUUGGAAGUGGUUUUAGAGGAAGAAAUGCCAAACGUAAAUUUCCUGGUGAAGGAACUGGUGCUGGACCUGGUAAAAAAGGACGUGGUUCUGAUUUAUCAACACCAAAAUUACCUGCACAUGGUUAUCCCUUAGAGCAUCCUUUUAAUAAAGAUGGUUACAGAUAUAUACUCGCUGAGCCAGAUCCUCAUGCUCCAUUUAGACAGGAAUUUGAUGAGAGUAGUGAUUGGGCUGGUAAACCAAUACCUGGUUGGUUAUACAGAGCAUUAAGUCCAUCAACUGUAUUAUUGGCUCUUCAUGAUAGAGCACCACAAUUAAAAGUUGCUGAAGAUAGACUUGCUGUUACCGGUGAUAAAGGAUAUUGUAUGGUUAGAGCAACACAUUCUGUAAGUCGUGGUACAUGGUAUUGGGAAUCAACAAUUGAAGAAAUGCCUGAAGGAUCAGCAACAAGACUGGGCUGGGCACAAGAAUAUGCAAAUCUUCAAGCACCAUUGGGUUAUGAUAAAUUUGGUUACUCAUGGAGAUCAAGAAAAGGCACAAAAUUUCAUGAAAGUCGUGGUAAACAUUAUAGCAAUGGAUACAGUGAGGGUGAUGUGCUGGGAUUUUUAAUUAUUUUACCAGACACACAUGAUUCAUCACAUAUUCCAAAUACAUACAAAGACAGACCACUUGUUAAAUUUAAAUCACAUUUGUAUUAUGAAGAAAAAGAUCAAGUACCAGAAGCACUUAGAGCAUUAAAAAGUCUUUCAAGUAGUCAAAUUAUUUUUUAUAAAAAUGGAGUUUCACAGGGUGAGGCAUUCGUUGAUAUAAAUAAAGGUGCUUAUUAUCCAACUGUAUCUAUUCAUAAAAGUGCAACUGUCUCUGUUAAUUUUGGUCCAAAUUUUAAAUUUUCACCACGUGAUGUUGCCUUUCGUGGGAUGCAUGAAAAAGCUGAAGAAGCCAUGGCUGAACAAUCACUUGCUGAUAUGCUUUAUCUUGGAGACAAUGAAGGAAAAUUAAGACUCGAUACAUUUACAUUAUGACAUUAAUGAAAUUUUUUUUUUUUCGUCCCCAUUUUCAGUUAUUAAUUAUUAUUAUUAUUUUUUUUUUUUAUACAUUAUUAUGUAAUUAUUAUUCAAUAUGUUUCAACAAUGAAAAAUCAAACAAAAAAUAAUGAGUAAUUAUACAAGUAAACAAUUCAUUUGUAAAUGAAAUAUUUUAUAGCAUGUUGUCUUUUUGACAAAAAAAAAAAAAAAAUGAUAAUUAGUUUUUCCAUUUUAUAAAAAUCAGCUGAAACAAAAAUCAUUUUUUCUUCCCAUUGUAAAAUAAUAAAUAAUCAUCGUCAAUAUUUUAUAUUUAGAAAAUAAACAAGUAUAUAUUUACAAAAUAAAUAAUUAAACUGAUAAAUAUAAUAUUU